UGCUGAUAGUAAGAGUUUUGUCAUUUUGUCUUCCAGUUGAUCGACAGUCCGAGCUUGCGUCCACAAGUUUUUGAUAAAAACUUGAUGUGAGAGUAAGCUUUGAUAGGAUGAUGUGAUGCCAUAGUAUCAAAUCACAUGAUUCCGGACUCCUUCGCUGUAUUAUCUGCUAACUGUUGAGCGAUGACUGUUCACUUAGAGAGCAUGGUCAUAACUUCAAAAGUUGAUUCGAGCCGUCUGACAUUGGCGACGCGGAUUAGAUUUGUUCGAGUCGUCUGACGUUGGCAACAUAAAUUAGAGUCGGUCAAGACGAAUCGUUUGCAAGAUGAUGCCAUCCGGAUAUUCCUUGGCGUUAUCUCCGGAUCAGUUUGUGCAGUGUUGUUUUAGUCCUUAUGCGCGACUCUUGCUGGACGCAUAUGAUCAAAAGUUGGGGACCAUUUGUGCUGCGCUUGUCAAGCUUCUGAUUGAGUUAUAUUAGCUGCAUCUUUACCAAGGUGUCGGUGGUACAACUAGCUCGAGUGACGAUCGCCACUGUUACUUUUUAAAUUUAUAAGUCAGUGCUGGCGGGAAUUGAUUGCGUUACCAUUUACGGUCUGAUGAGCAAGGGACUCGCCAAGUUUGAACGAUUUGAAAGCCAACUUUCAAAUUAAAGGCUUGUUCUAUCAAAAAGCUGAAGAGCAAGAGAGGCUGUGCAUCAAGUGAUGGUGAUUUCAUGUCUGAUACAAAAAAGCUGGCACUCUCGUACGAUCCAGGGCACUGGAAAUUUCGCUAUCGCUCGUGUUGUGCCUGAAAUAACUAGAAGAUCUCGAUGUAGUUCCGACCGAAGUUUCACAAUUCUGAACAAGUAUGAACGUUUUGUGUAAACUUGACACAGGUAUUCAACAUGUUCGAAAGCAGAAGAAGAUGCAAAUGUGGUAUUUAGUAAAUCACUACGAUUAAAGAUGCGUUCAAAUCAGUUGUGUUCAAAGUCCUUAGCAAUCACAAGCUUUAAGCGCCAGUUUUGCUAAACCAAAGGCAAGAACUCAAUCUUCUAGCACCUUCCACAUCAUCUCGAAUACGGCAAACGAAUCGCGAUUACGUUCAACACAGUGUUGACCAGGUCCUCGAAAUUGAACGCACGUUGAAAGCCACUUCAAUCUAUUUGAAACCCUGCAAAGUCUUCCCUUGGCAUGUCCGCGAAACUAAGGUGAUUGAUUGAGAUUCUUAUUCGCUUAGCUCCGCCGUACAGUUUGUCGGUCAAAUUCAUCGCAGGGGAUGCAUCAGUACGUCAUCCGACGUGACUACAAAUGCUCACUUACUUCUGCAUCAGAAUUCAUUUUAAAUCUCAGCGUCAUUUCGUGCUCAAUAAAGCAGCGGAUCAAUCUUCAUGUCCUCGACCAUUUUUCUACCACCAGCUUUGCUAUCACUAUGUAGAUCAAUUUUUCGUUGGUUGCGUCACAAAACUGGAUACUUUCGGGCGUAAAUCCUUUCUGACAUGGAUGUGUUGUUUAUCUUAAACAUUGCAUUGCUAAGUCGAGCAUAAAGUGCCAAAAGAGAUUGAAUUUGCUUUGCUGCAGACAUAUUCAUUAAAGCAAAGGUGCACAAGAUACGGUUGUGGGUCAAACUGUCUCGCUAGGCUCAUACUUUCCUCAGAAGCAGGCGACAGCAAUCAUUUAUGUUCUAGAACUUACACAAAGAGUCUAUGGUCAUGGAAGUACCUAUGAGUGCAAUCAAUUAUUGAAAGCCAGAAAUUUUUCUAGUGCGAAAAAAUGCUGCUGUUGAUCGACGUUCCACGCCCCACUUCAAGGAGAUAGUCUCAUUGAUAAGCUAAUUCCACUAUCGACGAACAUUAAAAGCGGCUCGAAAUAGUAUCAGCAUCAUUGAUUCGUGGGUUGCAAAAUUACAGUAUGUCGAAGUGAUGAGGCGAGUUGUGACACUAACUACAGUACCAUGUUCUUGGUUUAACU